UACGAAAGAAAUAGGAUACAACAGCAACAAAUUGUGCUACAAGCAUGCUCACGCUGUGAGCACAGCCUUGAUUUAUUCGAUCGAUUUCCUCUUGAGCCGAAAAUUUUUCAGCCAGCUUUACGACCAGCCUUAGACGAGUUCGCCGCGCUCGUCCGAGAAAAAGUAACGGGCUUGUCAGCUGAUAAAAACACAUGACGGCUGAUAAAACCGAGCGCUUUUCGUUGUGUGCGUGCCACCAUGAGGUCUUCGACGAAUACUUCUUAAAGCCGCGCUUCAGAACACCAGCUCUGAAAUGAAGCGUACCGCUACGAUCAGGCAAGCGUGCCACGAGCGGUGUUCCGUAGGAGCCCGUUUCACGCACAGCGUCGUGUUGCUACUGCUAAUUCUAGAUGUGGUCCCACGUGCGUCGGGAGGCACCGUGCCCAUGCGAAUUGUGAAGCAAGCGAGCGGCUUUGACGGAGCGUUCGCGGUGCACGGACAACAGCAUCGGCAGCGAGCGGACCGCGCGACACCGCGACCCUUCGCGGGACCCGAACACCUGAGGCCCUUGCUGGGUCGGUGCUUCAGUCGCACGGCUGCGGGGUAUCGUUACACCCUGUGUCCAUUUGACAACGUCACGCAAGCUGAAGAGAGUGCCCGUUGGAACGCCUACAGCGGCGUUUUAGGUGUCUGGCAAGGAUGGUCGGCUGCCAACGGGAGCCUCAGCGGCAUGCACUACGGCAACGGCGACAGCUGCGGAACGCUCAACCGCUCAGUUGAGGUGCGGCUUAUCUGCGGUCAUCCUCGAAACGUUCCUGGUGGACGUGAGUGAGCCCGAGCGUUGCCGCUACGCCAUGGUGCUGAGCACCCCGCUGGUGUGCCACCCGGAUUCGCUGCUUGUCUGGCCCGCCCUGUCCGACCAGCAGAGGCAGCGAUGGAGCCUGGCGGACAGUCGGCUGUACUCUGAGGAAACCACUC